AUAUAGUUUACGCAUUCACAUUUUUCACAAUUUAUGAUGCUUUAGUUACACAGAUGAACCAGAUGGGCUGGACUAGGGGUGGGGCGGGUGUUAGAUAGGAAAAUUAGGGCAAUCACAGAGCACCUUGCAGAGGCACUUCCUUUACUUGGCAUGGACAGAGUUAGCUCCAGCUAUCACCCCUUCUCUAAAACCUUUACAGAUUCCUCGAAUUAGAAGCAAGGCCCUUAUCAUUGUGUACUUUUCAUUAGUUAUUUGUGGUAAAUACCCCUAACUAGACUAGAACUUCGAUGAAGGUAGAUCUGUGUCUGUUUUGGGUGUUCCAGGCUUUGUCUUGCACACGGUACUUCAAUAUACUUUUAUAUUCUUUUUCUUUUCUCUGUUUCCAUGUCUCCUUUGCACCUUCUCAAGUGUUACUUUGCAAACGAAUUCUUUAGGGAUCUGGCUAAAAUGCAGUUUCAGAUUCAGUAGUUCUGCAUUUUCUUUUUUUUUUUUUUGAGACAGAGUCUCACUCUGUCGCCCAGGCUGGAGUGCAGUGGCGCGAUCUCAGCUCACUGCAACCUCCGCCUCCCAGGUUCAAGCGAUUCUCCUGCCUCAGACUCCCCGGUAGCUGGGACUACAGGUGCAUGCCACUACGCCCAGCUAUUUUUUUUUUAAACGUAUUUUUAGUAGAGACGGGGUUUCACCGUGUUAGCCAGGAUGGUCUCGGUCUCCUGAUGUCGUGAUCCUCCCAUCUAGGCCUCCCAAAGUGCUGGGAUUAUAGGCGUGAGCCACCGCGCCCGGCCUAGUUCUUCAUUUCUAACAAGUUUUCAGGUGAUGCUUAUGUUGGUAGUCCUCUGAGACUAUCACACUUUAAGUUUCAGGGUGUUAGAAAAACGACUCAGAAGAGGCUACACGUAGUCAGUGUCCUGGGUUCAAAUGUGAAUUCUGAUUUUACUAACGGUGCGAUUGUGGGCAGUGUAAGCCUCUUGCUUUCUCCGUAAAAUGAGAUACACUCAGCAUCUGUUGCAUGUAUUAUUGCGAAUAUUCCGUAAAAUAAUGCACAUAGAGGGCAGUUAGGUUCCGGUCGCGGUCAGAGUACAAUUAAUAGUAAUUACGAAUGUGGGGGCGGAGCCGACAACGGAAGGGGUGGAGCGUCGCCAACCGUUGCGCAUGCGCAGUCCCCCUUGAACGCACCUCAGGAUGGCCCGUACUUUGGAACCACUAGCAAAGAAGAUCUUUAAAGGAGUUUUGGUAGCCGAACUUGUAGGCGUUUUUGGAGCAUAUUUUUUGUUUAGCAAGAUGCACACAAGCCAAGAUUUCAGGCAAACAAUGAGCAAGAAAUAUCCCUUCAUCUUGGAAGUUUAUUACAAAUCCACUGAGAAGUCUGGAAUGUAUGGAAUCAGAGAGCUAGACCAAAAAACAUGGUUGAACAGCAAAAAUUAGAUCCAGUCAUCACGUUCAGCCUCCCAUCUAAGCUGUUUGAGACCUUUGGGAGAAGAAGAAAAGAUGAGUGUACUACCACACUGUAGACUCUUGGUGGUCCCACAGAACAUGCUGCUGAGUCACAGGAACUUCUAGCCUGCCUUGGCCUGCGGUUUCCCACCCACUAUACAAACCCACUGCUUGUUUGUUGCUUUUCUUCUCAUAUUUGUUGUCAAAGAUUAGUGUUUCAAAAAGAAAUGACUAAGGAAGGAAAAGAAACAAAUGUUCUGAAGAUUUUCUCUCCCCAAGCACUUUUACUGGUGAAAUAAAAACCAGUAACAAUCAAUAUCAGAAAUAGUUAAAAUGUCUAUAAACAUGUAAAGUUACUUAGCAAACUCAUGCUAUAUAAAAAUGGCCCACUUCCCUAAAAAAAAGUAAUUUUUGUAGUCUGCAAGGUUUUUUUUUUUUUUUUUUUCUGUAGUCUAAAUACUUGUUAAUCUUACAUGUUCUCCUGAGAGAAGAAAAAGCCAUUCCUUUCAGGUUGUAAAGUACCAUGAAAAGGUCUUUCCAAAAUAUUCCUAUCAGCCAGGCACGGUGGCUCACGCCAGUAAUCUCAGCACUUUGGGAGGCCGAGGCAGGCAAGUCACUUGAGGUCAGGAGUUCGAGACCAGCCUGGCCAACAUGGUGAAACCCCCUCUCUACUAAAAAUACAAAAAUUAACUGGGUGUGGUGGUGCAUGCCUGUAAUCCCAGCUACUUGGGAGGCUAAGGCAGCAGAAUUGCUUGAACCUGGGAGAUGGAGGUUGCAGUGAACCAAGAUCAUGCCACUGCAUUCCAGCCUGGGCGAGGGAGUGAGACGCUGUCUCAAAAAAAAUAAAUAAAUGAAUAAAUAAAAUAACAAAAAUUUCCUAUCUUCUGAAGUUCCAAGCCAAAGCUAUUUUUAAAACAUCAAUAAAAAAAUUUGAGUUACUUACUUGCAUUAUCUUUGUUAGCCAUGGCAUUCAUGCCAAUGUUAUCAAACUUGGAUCCCAUAUUUUCAUCCAAUAGAUGGCCAAACUUAAACAAAAAAGAUAAAUUUAUUAGAAAACUAAAAAUAAUGUAGAAUAGCUAGCUUCUUAAAACAGUACAUUAGCCUUACCUCUUCAGCAGAUACAAAUAGGCUGGAAUCAUUUAAGUUUCUUUUCUUUUUUCUUGGCCCUAAAAAAAAUUGUAAGUCUACAUUAUUCAAUUAUAAAUCUAAUGAUUUUAGAAAAAUGCAAUGCAACAUGAUUUUAUUUUAAAAAUUAUACUUGGGUAAAAACAAUUGCAAUAAUCUUCUAGCACCAUUGGGUAGCUGGCAUUUAAAUAUAAUUUAAGAGUUAGUAUAUAAUAUUUUCAAAAAGCUAACAUCCUAAUAUAACUGUUCAGAUGACAAGAGUGUCUUCUGGCUUUUCAGAUUUGGCCACUGAUCGAAGUUUACCCAUAAGGGAAAUAACAUAGUAUCAAGUAAUAGUAAAAUUAUCAGUUUGACAUGGAUGGGUUUUGAAAUACUUAAGACAAAACAUAAAAUUUAGUUCAGGGGUCUUUAGAUUGUAAAGAAAUUGACUGAAAGUAUGUUUAUUAUGCUAUUAAAUGAAGUUCUGUUUAUAACACCAAAAGAGGUUCUCCUUUAAAAAAAAAAAACUUAUCUGUAGUACUGAAUAUAUAAACUUUUCCCGAAAAGUCUCUUUUCCUGAAACAAUUAUUCAAACUCUGCAUCUUUGAUAUCAGUGUCUCUAGCAGUAGUAGAGCCAUAUUUUAAAAAGAGCUUUACUAAAUACAGAUGCAUAACAUUCAGCUGUUUUAAGUGUAUUAACGCAUUUUAGUAAAUUUACAGACUUGUUCAACCACAACCACAGUCUGAUUUUAGAACAUUUCCAUCAACUUCAAAAGAUCCCUGGUGCCAUUUGUAGUCCUCCAACCCAUCUCCAAUCUAUCUUGUUUCUAUAACUUGCCUUUUCUGGCUAUUUCAUAUAAAUGGGAUCAUAUGACAUGUGGUUUCCUAUAUCUGACUUUUUUCAUUUAGCAUAACGUUUUUGAGGCUCAUCCAUGUUGUAGUACUCCAUGCCAUGUUGUGGGCUACAUAAUAUUCCAUUGUAUGGAUAUACCACAUUUUACUUAUCAGUUAAUGGACAUUUAGGUUGUGUCCACUUUUUAGCAUUAAUAGUGCUGCUAUGAACAAUCAUGUACAAGUCUUUGUAUCAGAGCCACUUUUGAUAAAAUAGUUUCUAAAACAUUUCAUUUUGAUUUUUAUUAAGGUGAUAUGUAUGUUACUUAACAGCUGUAUAAUACGCAUUUGCAUGCAUUAGGAAGGUUUUUUUGGGUUUUAUUCAUCCUGUAGUGAUGUAUCUGUGACCUCAACGAGUAGGCACUUCUGUACUGUACUGUUUCUUAAAGUUUCUUUUAUCCCGCCCCCACCCCCAACCUCAGCCUCAAGUAUGUAACACCAUGCCUGGCUAAUUUUUGAUUUUUUUUUUUUGAGACAGAGUCUCGCUUUGUUGCCAGGCUGGAGUACAGGGGCGCGAUCUCGGCUCACUGUAACCUCUGCCUCCUGGGUUCAAGCGAUUCUCCUGCCUCAGCCUCCCAAGUAGCUGGGCCUACAAGUGCGUGCCACCACGCCAAGCUAACUUUUGUAUUUUAGUAGAGAUGGGGUUUCAUCAUGUUGGCCAGGAUGGUCUUGAUCUCUUGACCUUGUGAUUUACCUGCCUUGGCCUCCCAAAGUGCUGGGAUUACAGGCGUGAGCCACUGCGCCCAGCCAUUUUGAUUUUUUGUAGAGAUGGGGUCUCAUUGUGUUGCCCAGGCUGAUUAAAGUUUCUAUAAGGUAUGUUUAUUCUUAAGGAUAUCUACUCUAACACCUGUAAAUGUAGGGUGAUCAAUUAGUAAAUUAAUACAUCUGAAUCAAUUAAUAAAUCUGUUUAAAAUUC